ACUCAACUCAACCCACCCUUAUCCCAUUAGACUCAACUCAACCCAGUCUUAGUCCAUUAGACUCAACUAACCCAACCUUAUCCCAUUAGACUCAACUCAACCCAGUCUUAGUCCAUUAGACUCAACCUAACCUUAUCCCAUUAGACUCAACUCAGCCCAACCUUAUCCCAUUAGACUCAACUCAACCCAGUCUUAGUCCAUUAGACUCAACCUAACCUUAUCCCAUUAGACUCAACCUAGUCUUAGUCCAUUAGACUCAACUCAACCCAACCUUAUCCCAUUAGACUCAACUCAACCCAGUCUUAGUCCAUUAGACUCAACCUAACCUUAUCCCAUUAGACUCAACCCAGUCUUAGUCCAUUAGACUCAACUCAACCCAACCUUAUCCCAUUAGACUCAACUCAACCCAGUCUUAGUCCAUUAGACUCAACCUAACCUUAUCCCAUUAGACUCAACUCAGCCCAACCUUAUCCCAUUAGACUCAACUCAACCCAGUCUUAGUCCAUUAGACUCAACCUAACCUUAUCCCAUUAGACUCAACCCAGUCUUAGUCCAUUAGACUCAACUCAACCCAAUCUUCUCCCAUUAGACUCAACUCAACCCAAGCAGCCUUGGAUCCAGGGAGAGAAAGAGAGAGGAGAGAUGGGGGGCAACCUGGGCUGCCACCGCUCCAUCCCCAGGGACCCCUCGGACCUGUGCCACAGCCGCAAAUUCAGCGCAGCCUGUAACUUCAGCCACAUCCUGGUGAACCAGGAGCGGCUGAACAUCAACACGGCCACCGAGGAGGAGCUCAUGACCCUGCCUGGGGUCACCAGGACGGUCGCCCAGAACAUUGUGGAGUACCGGGAGUAUAUUGGGGGCUUCAAGAAAGUCGAGGACUUGGCCUUGGUGAGCGGGGUCGGGGCCGCCAAGCUGGAGCAGGUCAAAUUUGAGAUCUGCGUGAGCAGCAAAGGCAGCUCGGCCCAGCACUCGCCCAGCUCCAUGAGGAAAGACCAGGCCCUGGACCACCUCUCCGCCGCCAAGAUGAACAUCAACACGGCCACGCCGGCUCAACUCAUGAGCAUCCGGGGCGUCACGGAGAAAAUAGCCAAUGGCAUCGUCGAGUACCGCAAAGAGCACGGGCCCUUCAAAAGCAUCGAGGACUUGGUCAAGAUGGACUGUAUUAACUCCUCGUUUUUGGAUAGGAUCCGACACCAGAUCUUUGCGGAGAGGUCCAGGCCGCCUUCGACGCAUACCAACGGUGGCCUCAAUUUCAUCGCCAAGCCUCACCCAAGCCCCACCUCUCUAAGCUUGCAGAGUGAGGAUUUGGAUUUCCCUCCAGGAGGACCGACUCAGAUCAUCUCCACCCGGCCCACGGUGGAAAUGUUUGGAGGGCUGAGGGACGGGAAGCCCGUACUGAGAGUGGCCACUUGGAACCUGCAAAGCUGCUCUGUGGAGAAAGCCAACAACCCUGGUGUGCGGGAGGUUGUGUGCAUGACCCUGCUGGAGAACAGCAUCAAGCUUUUGGCUGUGCAAGAGUUGGUUGACAGAGAUGCACUGGAAAAGUUUUGCACAGAGUUAAACCAACCAACUCUGCCAAACAUCCGCAAGUGGAAGGGCCCCCGAGGAUGCUGGAAGGGUGUGGUUUCAGAGAAGACCUCAAGCCAUCCACAGAAGAAUGUGGAACAUUCUGGCUUCUUGUGGGACACAACUGCAGGGAUAGAGCUGAAAGAUGUUGCCUUCCAGGAGAAUUCACAAACAAAUGGCAAUGGACGGCAUCCAUGUCCUCAACCUUACAUUGCACAUUUCAAGGUUGGAGUGAAUGACUUGACCCUAGUUAAUCUUCAUCUGGCCCCAUUGCCCGCAGUAGGAGAAAAUGCUGUGAAAAACCAUAACAGCAACAGAUCAGCAGCCUUUGCACAGACUCUGCAGGAAACACUAAAAGGAGAAAAAGAUCUGAUCAUCUUAGGAGACUUUGGUCAAGCACCAGACAGUAGUGACCAUGAUGUCUUGAGGAAGGAAAAAUUUCAUCAUCUGGUUCCUGCUAGUACAUUCACAGACAUCAGCACAAAGAACCCUCAGGGUUCUAAGUCCCUGGAUAACAUCUGGAUCAGUCGUAGCUUAAAAAAGGUUUUCACUGGUCACUGGGCAGUUGUGAGAGAAGGCCUUACAAACCCCUGGAUCCCUGAUAACUGGUCCUGGGGCGGAGUAGCAUCAAGCCACUGCCCAGUGUUAGCUGAAUUUUAUACAGAUAAGGACUGGAAUAGGAAAGAUGUGACUCGAAAUGGAAAUGGAGUGAUAGUGGAAAACAGCGAUUUGAACAUUAAACAUGAACGAUGAUAAGAAAAAAAAUGCAAACUUCAGUUCCCUUUCUGAGAAGGGAUAGUCAGAAGAUUGCUUUGCUCAAGGCCUAAUGAUGAACCAGAACUGCCUUUUUUCUCAUUUAAAAAGAAUCAGCUUCUGCUUUUAACAUUUCCCCUUCCUAGCCUACCUCUGUGCCCCUUAAUGGAUGUUUUAGGGUAUCCUCUUGCCAUGGAGUGAUUUGUGACUUUUUUGUGGAGACACAGUCAGAACUUCUAUGCUUGGAUACCUGGAUAACUUCAAAUAAAAUGCACUUUUUAAUACUA